AUGUACUAAAUCAUUGCAUCAACAUCGUCAGUAUUAUGUCCAAAGGAAAUUAUAAGCACAAAUGAAGCGAACUAUAUAUCUAUUUUUAUCUAUUGCAUCCUUUUUAUGGUUACAUAAAAUUACUGCUGGUCGCAAGCAAUAUGUGAAACAGAGACAAAUGUCCGCACUGGCCAAAUGAAACAUCAUGCGAUGGAAGAAAGUCGUUGUGGGCGUUGUGCUCAUCCUCAACAUAGCUGUGGGAAUCGCAGUUAUUGGUGUUGUGGUGACAAUCCAGCAGGAAGGUUAUCCCUCUGCCACUCUUCGGAGCACUGCAGAUAAUUUGAAGAAACACCUCGAAGAAACUUAUGCAGAUCUUCGACAGACCCUGCUUCAACAACCUCCCAGUCCACAACCGAUCGCGACACAAGAACACUGGAAUAUCCUGAAACCUAUCGCAUUCUUUACGGGACUUGAAUUUGAUAUUAACAAGGAAGAUAUGCCUUCAUCCACUGCAGUCAGGAACUGGGUGCCUUUCGUUGCACCAGGAGGCCGGCAGUACUUGUACAAUGGUAUGAAGUAUGAAAACGGGAGUAUUGUGGUCCCGGCCGCUGGAAUAUAUGCUAUAUAUGCCCAUAUGAAAUUCUACACAGAAUACAAUCAUCGCUCAGAUCCCGAGUUAGAUUUCCAUCACAGCAUAAUAAGAUACAAUGCCGCAAAUCAACAGCUGGAAACAGUAUCGAGGAACAUAGUGACCGAGAACAAGAACGAUAUCAUUGAUGGAUCAAGUCUGGAAUACUCCAGUGAUAUCCACGUGUUGGUGCAACUGAACGCUGGUGAUCAGUUAAUUGUAAAUGUGUCGCAUUCGGAACAGUUAAAGCCUGACAGGGAUUGGCAUUAUUUCGGAGCUUAUAUUAUUUAAGGUCAAUCUCAACACCACAGUGCGCACUGCAAACCCCGGUAACAUAAGUUUUACAAGGCGAGAGUUUAUGGAUGUCAACUUCUUAAUUCUGAGGAACCCGACAUUUCGGAGGUUAGGUAAUGGAGUAAGGAGAAUAUAUUCCGAAAUGUCGUUUUUCUCAAAAUAAAUAAGUUGACAUAUUUAAAUACUAUAUAGCCUUUAAUGCGACUCACUAAUGCUGUGCUGUUCAAAGACUUUAACCUAAUAGCAGUCAUAUGCGGAUCAAGAAGGGGGGAAGGGGGGGUGCACUCGUGCGCACCCCACUUUUGUCCUGAGAGUUUGUUCAGUGACCACUGAAACUCGGGUGAAAAUGAGGUGUCCACCACCACCCUUUUCUCAAUAGUGUGCACCCCCCGCACCACCCCCCACCCCCCUUCGCAAAAAGCUGCAUCCACCCCUGGUAGUCUUCCUCCCGACCGUGCCCUUAACGGUACUUAACCUUAACCGUCCUAUUCAGCCAACAAGGAGAGUUUUUUGUUCGCUAUAUCAAUAUCCAAUCUCCAAAUAAAUCUUUCCAGAUAAUCGUCAACCCCAGGAGGCAUUUAAUGCCUCUACAGCAGUCAUUUUGACGACGUCUCGUGUAAUCCGCGUCUACCCUGUGAUUGCUUCGACGAACUCCUUCUAUUUUCCACGAAGGACAAGCAAUCCGCGGCCAUUUUCCACAACAGGAAAUCGUAAGUAUAACGCGUAUACAUAAACUAGUAAUCAUUACCUUGAAAGAAAUUAGAUUCUUAAGUCGAGAAUGGAACAUCUUUGUGUCAGUAUUUGUACAAAAAGAAGGUAAAAGUUAAUGGAGCAUGAUAUAGUAAAACAUAUGUACAGACACUACACAAACGGGUUAGGAGAAACUGUAGAAUCGUGUAAACAUUUGUGUGUAAAAAAUACAUAAUCGUGUUGUUACGUAUACGUAUAUGUACGCAGGUAAAUAAAUACAUACUCCCGCCCCUCCAUGCCUAUAAAGUACAUGGGUAUAUAAGCAUACCUUGCAUAAGAUACAUAUAGAGAAAGAAAAUGUAUGCACAUAUAAAAUAUACAAUAAAUACAUGAAUUUUAUGAAAUUACAUAUUAAGGUAAAAGCAGGUUAAAAGAUGGCGCUAAAUAGACAAAACAAAGUAUACUUAUUUACACUCAAAAAGAUCUUAAGUUAUUUUACUGUUAUCUAAAACUCACCAAACAACUGCACUAAUCUCACAACCUGCGCAUAUACAUGUACAUUGUAAUCGCAGAUUCGGCAAAGCUCGUACCGUGACGUAAGAUAAUGAGUUGCCUCCGGUUUUUUUGUGUUCGUGGGGGUGGCCCAGUCCAUCCAAAGAAGGGCACCUUCAGAAUUUCAAGGGUAUAAAGGAUCCAUUCAGCGAAGAGGAAAUUUCAGAUACGGCAAAAAUGGUAUAAACGGUAAAUACUCAACCGCGUACAUUUGAUACACCUUUUCGAUAGUAAAGUCAGCAGAAAUCAUAAAUAAUGAUGCGUUAGACAUCGCUAAUAAAAACAAUUAAAAGUUUUUGCUUCGGGAGCUACGCUUUAUAGAUAAAUGACAAAGGGAAAAUGCUGUUUGUCAGUUGUUGUUUUUAUAAACAUUGUUUAUCUGGAUAUAUGUUUAUCAUCAGUCAAAGAUCCUUGGCGGAUCCUUGUCUAGGGUUUUUCAAGCAAAAAAACUGUUUUAUAGAGAUAUACAAUUGCACCUAAUGAAUUGACUAAAGUAUUGUCGUUAAAGAAAAUAGGUCAGUUGUGGGCUGUGGAAUCGGAAGUUCACUGUGGCGCCGGCACGUUGAAGAAUGACAAUGAAAAUUAAUGGUUUUGAACAAAUAUGACUUAAACGUUUGUUUGCGGGAACCGGUGGGUUACAAUAUCAGGCCGUUUCAAUCUCCAUCUUGUGGGAUCCAGAUCUCAAGGAAGUAGGAGCGGGUAUGGUUCAGUGUGUAAAUCUCACUUAAACAGAUCCUAGGUUCUACAAACCGAAACAUGAGUCUCAUUAACCAAUACAGACAAUGACCUACUUUUCAGCCGAUCCUAAUUUUCUCGUGUGCAAUUGAAAAGAAACUCUACAAUCAACUAUGAAUUCGAAUUAUUUGCUUCAUAAGAAAAUGGGAUUUACAAGUUAAUCUUAAUGUUAGAGUUUAAUAAAAUCGUAUUUCUACAUUUUAUGUCGAGGUUUAGUUAGCAUGUCAUUAACUAAGACGUCGCAGACUGCCCAUGUUUGAAGAGGUCGUAUAUAAUUCACAAUUCAUCUGUCACACUGGUUACACCUGUUUGUGCUAUUUUGCGCUUAUUAAAUGCAUUUUUGUAACAUUACGAAAAACAUUGAGUACACAUCAGUCUCGUUUCUUGCUGACUGGGUUCCGUCCUAUUGCGCAACUUAGUACAAAAACCAGUUCAGAAUUCAUUCAACUUGAUAUAUAGAUAUUAAUCAGUAUUAUUUGAUAAGUGUAAUCACUUGUAUAUUGCAACACUACGCUCCUUCUAACCCUUGCAAACACGUCGUGGUCGUGCAGCGUUCUCUGUCGUACAGCGUGCUCUGACAAACGGAAAACUGGAAAUCGAGAGAAUCUCAGAUCGAGGCUCGGCCGUUAGACAAGUUUGGCGGUCUGGUGCGGUCUUGAUAUUAUAUCAGUCACAUUGUACGUUACAAAAAUACACUUAAUAAAGGCAAAAAAAACACUAUAACAGUUGUAACGAGUAAGCCAGAUGAAUAGUGAAUCAUUGUGCUACCUCUUGUAACAGGGGCAAUCUGUUACGUCUUACACCCCCAUUCCACUGACCAUCGGAACCUCAUCUGAAGCCGAUCUGAUCCCAAUUAUGUUACAAUUUUGGCAUUCCGAUGAGUUCAGAUGAAAAUUGACUCGAUAUCCUUUUUGGGUGGACCCCUUUUCCGCAAAAUCAGAUACAGAUCCAACAUUGAUCGGAUUAAUCGGAUGAAAGACUGGUAGAGGCCCGAUGUCUGUCCGACAUAUUCAUUGGCGGCGUCCGACUGAUCCAAUUGCGGUCGGAUUGUAAACCGAGGGUGACCUGACACUAAUCUGACACUUCAAAUACUCUCCCCACACCAAUCCGACAAAUCGGUUACUAUUCGUUAGGUAAUCCGACACUGACCAAAUGCUGGUCGGAUUUGUCGCCACAAUCGGCAGUCGAGCGUAAACACGGGCUGCACCUCCUGACGGUACUAGUCAUGGAUCAACUCCCUCGCAACGCUGCAGCCCUGGGCUUUGUUUUAUGCUGCAGCAACAAACUAUGCAACAAGAUGCAAUGACCCUUGAGGUCUUGAGAAGGAAUAGAAGACCACGUCGCUGUUGGGUUCGACCAUGACUGCAAGCUGAUAGAAGGAUAAUAUACGGGCACUACAUCAGACUAAUGAAUGAACUGAGAAUGGAGGAUACAACGACAUUCUUCAAUUUCUUGAGAGUUAGGCCAGUAUUGUUUGAUGUACUACUCCAGAGCCUCGCACCAAGACUCGCGAAGGCUGAUACCAAUACUCUUGAGAGCUCUUGAAUCUGGUCUGAAGUUAACCUGCACCCUAAGGCACCUUGCAGUCGCUUCUUUGCCUUCUCUCCCCGAACAUUUCAGUUCUUUCUUGGAUCCAUCUUCAGGAUCUUGGUGUUCGAUGAAAAUCUGCUGAGUGAGUGUCGGCUGACCCUCCUUUGUAGUCCGUUGACCGUCAGAUGUCACCGCUUGCUAUGCUAUGUCGGAUGGCAGUUGAGUUAAUGAGCGCUUAUCCUCCGACGUCACAACGGGUUGCAAUCAGUCGGUGCUAAAUCACCCUCCGAUGAGUUGAAUUGGUGAUGGGCGGCUAUCAUUCGCGUUCGGCAGACUGCAGAUGGCAAUCAGAUGAGCGUCAGAUGACUGUUAAUCAUCGGACACUUAUCCGAUUGCCGUCAGACGUCGGCUUGACACGUCCGAUAGUUGCACAACACGAAUCUGACACAUAUCGGACUGACUCGACAUUCAUCCGACAUUGACUCGAUUUUUUGCAACCGGAAAUAGCGUCCGAUGGCGAACUAAGCUCUGAGCUGAGUUCCUUCAUUGGACGAUUUUGCCUCGUCGGAUCACGCCCGACACGUCGGACACUCACCUGAUAGUCGACAAACACAAAUCGGAUUCAUCGGACUGUGGUACGAUACUCUUCCGUGGGUUACCGGAUGGAAAAAUCUUUGCUUCCGAUGAAUGACUGAUGAGCCAGAAAUCUCUGUGGAAUGGGGGUGUUAGUUAACGAACGACAUACUGACUAAACCUCGACAUAAGAAAUAGACAUACGAUUUCAUUAAACUUUAAGAUUAAUUUGUAAAUGCCAUUUUCGUAUGGAACAAGGAAUUGGAAUUCAGUGUAACCAUAGUUGCUUGCAGUGUCUCUUUUCACUUUCACUCGAGAAAAAUCGGAUGGGCUGAAAAGGUCAUUGUCUGAAUUGGUUAAUGAGACUCUUGUUUCGGUUUGAUGAUUUAAUUAACCAAGGCGACUUCAUGUAACCAUAACAACCGACAGCAGGUAAAUAAUGCUGACCAAAUGGAACGCCUAUAUAUGAUAAGCAUGUUCCUGGAAGUUUCAAACGCUUUCGAUAUGAAUUAGCUUAACGGACUCAUAGAAAAACCCUAAAAUGGCGUAGUUAUAUCUAAUUUCUCUUCAUUGGAGUAAGUGAGAUUAAUUUUACACUGCUUGUAGCAAUAUGAUAGCAAGACGGCGGGCGACACCAGAAAUGGGCGUCACCCAUUGUGUCAUGUUUGGAAUCGAACCCGGGUCUUCGGCGUAACGAGCGAACGCUUUAACCACUUGGCUACCCACCACCUCACUCUUCGUUGGAAAUAGAAAUGGGCAGAUACAGUAGUCCCCCUAUUCCUCCACCAGAAAGUUAAUGUAAAAUUUGUAUUGAUGAAGUGCGUCGAUGUUAUAGUGAUAUUCCUCUCAAUGAAUAACAGGUUUUUAAUUAAUAAUCGAGCUUUUGUUAAUAAUACACCAGAUGGAACACGUAAUCAAUUAAUGCAUGCGUCAGCUACCCUUUAUUAAGGUAUAAUAAAUUUUCAAAUAUGUAGACGACAAACGCACGUUUCAAACGUUUAACUACGCAAUUUUUACCAACUUUGUACAUAUUCUUUUACAUUUACUAUUCAUUUCACAAUUAUGUAAAUAUAUAUAAUAUUCUAAUGCAUGUUUUAGUGAACAGUGUAUCGUCGGAAUAUAAUAACCUUGCAUAAAACUAUAUGCGUAUACCUACAAUUUAUAUAAGGCACGUACAUUCUGUGUGACAUUUAAGGGAUGUGUUGUUGUCACCCAAUUGAUAUGUCCUGGGGAGGUAGGGGUGUCAUCAAUUUUGCACACAUGCACAAGGGGUGGAGGUGAGCAAUGUUUUUUUGUGCAUGACUUGCAGAGGGUCACUUUGUAUAUAACACUAAGGGUUUUCUUUCACAUUGUACAUGCUUCUCAAUAAAAAUUGUCAUCUAUAUCACCAACUAGAUCAGCCACACGCACACAGCAAGGCACCGCACUCAUAUCCCUACAGGCAUUAGCCGGCGAGACUCCAACUGCAUACUCCAUGAACAGCUGACAAUAAUAUUCUGGGCAUACUCCCAUAUAACCCAUGAAUCAUAAACGAGUCAUUUUAUACACUAAAACAAACCCGAAACAAGCAGUUCAUCCAUUCCGUCCCCCAAUAAACCACUGCAUACUUGACUACCUAACAAAAUACUAAUAACCUAAAACAAAACUACCAGCCAUGAAACAUCUUCAAACCUAAACUACAACAACAAAAAACAACAACAAACAACCAAACAAAAAACAAAAACAACAACCCAAAAACAAACAAAAAACAACCAAAUAAGAACAAAUAACCCAAACACCACUAAAGCAAUAACUCUAGGAUACGAGUAUUGACCUAAUUAGUGCGACACAACGGGUCCUCUAGCCGGGGUUCAUAACGCACUGGCUUCAACAGAAACAUAGCACAACCUAAUCACCAAACAACAAAAUAAAAUUAUGAUACUACCUUACUAAAUACCACCUUACCCUUUCAAAGCAAAACUGAAUAAACGAACAAAGUUAAUAAAUCACACAUAAUCUAUUUUUUUAGACAAACACAUCCAGUUCCUUUGGAUUUUUCCCCACGCCAAAGUGUUUGGUAAAAAUCACGCCGACCUAAUAGCCAAAGUGACCCUCAACCUAUGACAAAUAAACGUAAAUGCACCCUAAAAUAAUUACUAAAAUUCUAAUCCUGAUCUGCAAUACCCACUCAUGUAUUACAUUGCAGUACUACAUACACCAAAAUAAUAUUACCUCGGAGAUCACUCUCAAGAAACACUUCACUAUAUUUGCAAUCACCCCUGAUGCUUUUAAACAAUACUUUUAAAUCCAUAAGGCAUCUUAUAAUUUGAAACUGUCCUUCUCCACCGGACAUAAUUACACCCAAAAUAGCACUAACGUUCUAAAAGCCUACAUACCCCUUCCAUCUUGAACGCACUGCUUAUCAUAACGGUGUUCAUUAGCACGUCAUUUUGGGUUUUGUUGUCCAUAUAUUUUUCUCUCUAAAUGUUUAGUCGUAUACAUGUUAUGCUUUGGUAUCAGUGUGGACAGACAAACUCAUCUACUUUAGUUUUUUGUAACUGCUUUUAUCAAACACUAUGUAGACAUUUCUAAUGUAUUUCUAGCCAUUUAAGCCAUUAUAGGAUAUUGUACAUAUCUUUUCAUCACGUGUUUUAUUUGGUAUUUAGAUCUGCACUAUUGGUUCAGUAGUGUGCUAAAGAUAAGAUUAAAGAUAGAUUAAAAAGAGGUACUAAUAACGAUGACAGCAAGAGCUGAGUUGACACACGCAGAAACAUGUUAACUAAACCCAUCCUAAAAACAUUGGACUAAGGACCCCCUAGUAUCACAUUGUGUAAUCUUGUAAGAUCUCAAGAAAUAUGUUAUUCAAAGACUAAUAUGUAUUAGCUAAAAAUCAUAAACGACUUUAGAAAAAUAUAUAUUAUUCCGAAGACAUGAAUUUUAUAACAAAUAGUGAAUGCUUUAUCCCAGAACAUAUAUAAGAAACAAGAACCAACAAUGCUUGAAUUGAUGUGUUACUUACUCGUACAUCACGUGCUGGGGUCAGUUUAUAGAGAAAAGUGAACAUUUUGCUAUCGAUUGGAAAUAAACCAAAAGUUCUUUCCAUGCUUUGAAAGAAAUGGAAUACAGUAAUGAACGAUUUUGUUGAUACUGAUGGAAACUUAAGCAAUAUGUACUAUAAACAACAAGUAUGGGAACACCCUCAAAUUUGAUAGUCAUAUAUACACUUAAACGUGGUGAGGUCACUUAUGCUCUAAGGUAAAUGCAACUUUUUGUGUGCUUAAUGGACACUUUAAACGACAUGUUGGAACAUGCAGUGAAGCAACUGAUUCAACAUUCGUUGAGUUUGAGUGAAAUGAAACACUGAAACGACAAGGGUGCUGAAACACACCAGCACCAUGUUUGAUUCAAACACAACAGCUUAGUGCAUGUGGAAAACUUCCCAUGCAGCCUAUGGCAACUGGACACUGGCAGUUGUGAAUCGGUUCCGAAGGGCUUGGGCCUCCUUGAUGCUGACCUUUUUGUAUGUUUUGGUCUUCCAGAGCGACGGCUGUUCUGUACUCUGCCAGUGGCCUGAAACCUGUCCCCCAGUCUGUGAAUGACAGUCUGAGACACCUGUAGAUGGAGAGCCACACUUCUUAUGGAUUCACCAUCCUGUACCCAUGCAAUGACCCUGCUUCUGUUGUGGGCGCUUAACGGUCUGUUCCGUGGCAUGGUGAAGAAGUUGUUAGGGGCUUCGAUACUGUCAGUAGCUUCUUUUAAAGGAAACGUUGCCACAAGCUGCAUGGGAAGUCUGUCUUCCACAUGCACUAGGCAGUUGUCUUUGGUCGUUUGAAUCAAACAUGGUGCUGGUGUGUUUCAGCAUCCUUGUUGGUUCAGUGUUUCAUUUGGGCGUUUGAAUCAAACAUGGUGCUGGUGACAUUGUUUUUAACAAUGUUACAUUUCAAUCAAACUCAACGAAUACUGAGUCAGUUGCUUCACUGCAUGGUCCAACAUGUUGUUCAAAGUACCCAUUAAGCACACAAAAAGUCGCAUUUACCUUAGAGUAUAAAUGACCUCACCACGUUUAUCAAAUUUGAGUUUGUCCCCAUCCUUUAAAAGUGUUUGUUUGGAGUAUGAUUGCAAAACUAAUUUUCGGGAAAAAGCAGGCAUUAUAAGACACAUUGUAAACUUCAGUCAAUAUAGAAGGGAAAAGAAUUAUUCUUUAUGUGCCAAAUUGUAUGUAAAUGUUUACCUGUGUGUUGUCGUAUACAGAUCAAACUCGACAUACACAAUUGUAAAUUGUGAAUAUAUGAAAUAUGACGAUAAAAAAUGACAAUGUA